AUGGUGGACAAAGCAUGGGUGCAUCUUAGCAGAGUUGAUCCUGCUUAUGAGAGAGGGGCUUCAAAGUUUGUACGAGAUGUGGUUGCCACUUCUGGAGGGAUUGAUAUGAUUGUCUGUCCUUGCAUUGACUGCCGUAAUAUAGAUCGUCACUCAGGAAGUGUGGUAGUUGACCAUCUUGUUACUAGGGGUAUGGAGGAGUCUUAUAAGAUGCGGUCUGAUUGGUAUCUACAUGGAGACUUCAACUCAGGGGUUGCAGAUGAAGGUAGAGUUCAUCAAUGGAAUGAUGAGAUCUUCGGGUUAUACAGAGCUGCUGAGUGUUUUGAUGCAGUGUUAGCUGGUACGGGGGAUUUUUCUGAGAUGGCAGAGGGAGAAGACAAGAAAGAAGAUGAGUUUUUGGCGAAGCUAGCUAAUACUGAAACACCAUUGUAUCUGAGCUGUGCAAACCAUAGCAAGUUAUCCGCUAUUGUAUCAUUAUUUAGAUUAAAGACUCAGAAUGGGUGGUCUGACAAGAGCUUCAAUGAUAUGCUAGAGACAUUGCCGGAGAUGUUACCAGAGGAGAAUGUGCUACACACUUCAUUGUAUGAGGUUAAAAAAAAUUUGAAGUCAUUUGAUAUGGGUUACGAGAAGAUUCAUGCAUGUGUCAGCGACUGCUGCCUAUUUAGAAAGAGGUUGAAGAAGCUUGAUCACUGUCCUAAAUGCAAGGCUUCAAGAUGGAAGACUAAUGUCCACAUUGGUGAAACGAAGAAAGGAGUCCCACAGAAAGUGUUACGGUACUUUCCAAUAAUCCCAAGACUGAAGAGAAUGUACCGGUAUAAGGUGUUGGCCAAGGAUUUACGGUGGCACUUCAGCAACAAAAGCACUGAUGGAAAGCUUCGACACCCCGUUGAUUCAGUCACAUGGGAUCAGAUGAAUGCCAAAUACCCUACCUUUGCCGCUGAAGAAAGGAACAUGAGGCUUGGACUUUCAACAGAUGGAUUCAAACCAUUCAAUAUGAAGAAUACGAUGUACAUUUGCUGGCCAGUUUUGUUAGUCAACUAUAACUUGCCACCUGAUUUAUGCAUGAAGAAGGAAAACAUCAUGUUUUCAUUGUUGAUCCCCGGUCCACAACAGUCUGGUAAUAGUAUAGAUGUGUACUUAGAACCCCUCAUCGAGGAUCUAAACCAUCUGUGGAGCAUUGGAGAUUUAGUGUACGACGCAGUGACUCGAUCAACAUUUACUCUGAAGGCGAUGCUGCUUUGGACGAUCAGUGGUGUCCCAGCUUAUGGGAAUCUUGCAGGCUGCAAAAAUGAGUUUGGAAAUGUUAAACGAUCUGGAAGUAAGAGGAAAAGGGUGGUCUGUACAGAUAUAAGAUCUGAUACUGAGGGUUUAUCCAGUGAAUCAGAGGAAGAGGAAGAGGAAUAUGAAGACGUCAAAGUAGAUGAAGAUGAGUUAUCUAGAUGGAAGAAGAGAUCAAUCUUUUUCAAACUUCCUUUUUGGGCGGAACUCCCGGUGAGGCACAACUUAGAUGUAAUGCAUGUUGAGAGAAAUGUGGCAGCUAGUUUAGUUUCGACACUAUUGCACUGUGGGAAAUCGAAGGAUGGUCUUCCUGCUCGUAAAGAUCUAGAGGAUCUUGGUAUUAGGCAGGAUCUGCACCCUAAAAUCCAGGGAAAGAGAACAUAUCUUCCUCCAGCACCGUGGUCAUUAUCCAAGACAAAGAAGAAGGUAUUUUGCAGGCGUCUAUUUGACUUCAAAGGCCCGGAUGGAUUUUGUUCAAACAUUUCUAGAGGUGUUUCACUUGAUGACUGUAAAGUCACAGGUCUGAAAUCACAUGACUAUCAUGUGUUAAUGCAACAACUUCUUCCGAUUGCUCUUAAAGGGUUGUUACCUAAAGGACCUAGGCUAGAAAUUACAAGGCUAUGCGCAUUCUUCAAUUUAUUGUGUCAUAGAGUGAUCGACAUGGAGCAGCUUUUGGUCAUGGAAGCGGAGAUUGUGGAAACUCUCUGCUUGUUUGAAAUAUAUUUUCCUCCAAGUUUCUUCGAUAUCAUGGUCCAUUUGACUGUGCAUCUAGGAAGGGAAGCCCGACUUGGUGGACCAGUCCAUUUUAGAUGGAUGUACCCAUUUGAGAGGUACAUGAAAGUACUCAAAGACUUCGUCAGAAAUACUGCAAGACCAGAGGGGUGCAUCGAUGAGUCAUAUCUAGCUGAGGAAUGUAUCAGGUUUUGCAGUGAGUUUCUGAAGAAGACAACAAAUGUAGAAGAUAAAAUUGAAAGAAACAUGGAGUAUGAGAACAACUCUAUCUUAGAGGGGCGUCCAAUAUCCAUCGGAACCUCAAUUACACUCACUGAAAUGGAGAAGAAAAUAGCACAUCUUGCUAUCAUCCAAAAUCUGGCUCUCGUCCCUCUUGAUUCUAAAGAACACGAAGAAACACUCAAGUGGUUAGCUUAUGGACCACGUUGUUCUGCAAGGUCAUAUACAUGCAUUAUAGUUAAUGGGCAGAGGUUUCGUACAGCAUCAGUUGAUAGAAAAAGUCAGAAUUCUGGAGUUUACUAUGAGGCUACCGCAGUUUGUAGAUCUAGUGCUAAAGAUAUAUCACAAGUGGUUGAUUUUGUAUCUUACUAUGGCAGAGUUACUGAUAUCAUUUUGAUGGAUUACAAUGUCUUCUAUGUUCCUCUGUUCGGGUGUCAGUGGGUGGUAAAGGGUAAUGGAGUGAAGAUUGAAGAUGGCUUUACACUUGUUAACAUGCAUCAUAGUCAAGCCUCCUUCUUUGCUGACCCUUACAUACUAGCAUCACAAGCAAAGCAAGUCUUCUACUCUAGGGAAAAUGAGUCAUCCAAUUGGUAUAUUUUCAUGAGAUGUCCUUCAAGAAGAUACAGUAAAGAAGAUGUUCAAGAGGGAGCUGCAGACAUUGGGCCAUUGCCAACAAAUAUUGACAUGGAUGUUGACAAUGAUUAUGCCGACAAUGCCAGAACUGAUUGUGAAUGA